AUGGCUUAUUACUCCUACGCCUGCUUCGUUGGUUGUUCGAGUAUCUUUACCUACGCAUCAUUCGAUAUUGCGGCUCUUUUGUCCGUCGCACAGAGUAUUAGAGGGAAAGGUUGUACCUGUGACGAAUCUCAACGCCCGAAGGGUGGUAGUUUCAAUUGGGUUAUCUUCAUUGCAUUCGAGGACGGGGUAGAAUGGGUAUUCCGCUCGCCACAGAAGGCUUUUGGUCUUCAAGAAGGCAUCGCUGGUGAGGUUCUGUUGAGUGAAGUGGCAACACUCCAGUAUCUUGGAAAAAAUGGGAGCAUCCCCGUCCCAGAAGUUUAUUCCUACUGCCCGACCCGUCAGAAUCCCGUCGGCAUUCCGUAUGUCUUGAUGAGCAAAGCUACAGGCGUACCACUUAGCACUCAUAAGUGGAGUGAUGAUAUGAUCCCACCACCGAAAACCGGCAAUGCCUAUCCUCAAGCAACAUUGACCUCAUGUCAAAAGCAAAAAAUAAUGGAACAACUAGGCAAGAUCUAUGCAUGUAUGUCUAAUAUGCGCCUGGACAAAGUCGGCUCUCUUUAUCCGAAAGACAAAUCCUACGUUGUAGGCAGAUGUCUUUACCCCACGCUUGUGUGGAACGGAAGAGAUGAGUUUGACGAGCAGGACAUUCCACGAGGACCCUUCACUGAGCCCGAGUCUUUUUAUUCGGCUCUCAUACUCGCGUUCAACGCCCAUGUAAAAGAGCUUCCUAUGGGCCAUCACCUAUUCCAUGGCCCGGUGCCCGUCCCGGAGGAAUACGACAACUUCAAUGAAUAUCGAACCGCAACCGAUCGAUGGAACGACUAUGUCGCAGUAGGGUCCAAAGCCGAAAGUACGCAGAACAGUCUCGACUACGCGUUGGUGGGGAUAUCCCUAAAAGAUAGAGUGCCCUCCCUGGUCGAGAGGGAUCAUCAAAUCAAGUGCACGGGCUAUCCAUUGUGCCACCCAGAUCUCAGUACCCAGAAUAUAUUUGUCGAUGAUGCGCUUAAUAUCACUUGCAUUAUUGACUGGGCCUUUGCAUCAUUUGUCCCACCUUCCAUGCUUCUCAUCUGCCCUGGCUUGCCACAUCCUCGCGAUCGCCCACAAUCUCCCCUCGAAACCCCCUUUGCUAGAGCAUUCGAUGCUGCUCAAGGAUUUGAUGGUGACAAAGACCUCCAGUUCUCAAAUGGCAAUAUACUCUGGGCAUUCUUGCGCCUCGUCAAUCUUGAUGCCCUCCAAGACCACGAUUACUUUUCUGGAUUUAGGAGGUUAUUGGGUGACCCAGAAGUCGACUCUCAUCUUCGUCAACUCAAAGAUCGAGAUGAGUUCAACCAGAUCUCUCGAAUGAUUUUGGAGUAUGAUGAAGAGGAGCCCAGCGAGAAUGAAAUGCGGUAUUUUUCAUGCGUUGGCCAAGAGCGUCUGGCUUUGUCACGGCAUCUCACUGUAAUGGCAGAAUUGAACAAAGGUUUCCUUGCAGAUAAGCGCCUAUGGCAUUGGAUUGCACGGUACCUGAAUGAGAAAGAACUGUACAUGCAUUCCUCACCUGAAUUGGAAAAGCGAGGCAGAAAACGUCGGAUUAGCCAAUCUCUAUGA